AGGAAAAGGGGGGGAAAAAUGGCGGACUGCGUUGUUUGGCGACCCCCGUGAAAUGGUCGUUCGACCCCAAAUGGGGUCCCAACCCACAGGUUGAGAACCACUGCCUUAGACUCUGCGGCCACCCCCAGCCAGAGGGUGCUCUUCCCUAACCUUCAAGGCAUCCUCAAGGGAAAGCAAUCCUGUAGCUGUUCAAGCGGUGGGAAAAGCCCCCGUCACAGCUUAAGCCCAGUCGCGCAUGGGGACGAGCCUUCGCGAUGUUCAGACUGCGGGAAGGACUCGGUUCCUACAAAGCAGGAAAGUUUUGAUCGAGGAGAGGAGCUUUACAGGUGUGUAACCUGUGGAGAAAACUUUAGUGUCUACUCCAGCUUGACGAAGCAUGAGAGGAUCCACACUAGGGAGGAGGGGUUGUGCCCUUCCAUGAGCAGCGGGCAAGGGUACCAUCCAAGGGGCAGUCUUUCCAUCUUGGAACAGCAGGUUUUGGGGGGAGAGAAGACCUAUCGGUGUCCAACAUGUGGGAAGAGCUUUAAUAAGAGCUCAGCUUUUCGGUUCCACAAGCGAAUCCAUACCGGGGAGAGACCCUACUCAUGCACCAAUUGUGGGAAAAGCUUCAGCCAAAGGUCCAAUCUGAUCUUGCACGAGAAAACUCACACGGGAGUCAAACCCUUCCGUGCUCAGACUGCGGGAAGACUUUCCUCUGGAGCUCCGAUCUGGUGAGGCACGAGAUCACCCACACCGGAGAGAAACCCUACAUCUGCUCGGAGUGUGGCCGCUCCUUCAGCCACAACUCAACGCUGAUUGCUCACGAGAGAACCCACACCGGGGAGAAGCCCUACAAGUGUUCGGUCUGCGGGAGGAGCUUCCGGCACCACUCUGGCCUUAUCAAACACGAGAGGACCCACACUGGGGAGCGGCCCUAUGCAUGUCUGGCCUGCAGGAAGAGCUUCAGCCAGAGCUCAGGGCUGACGCUCCACUUGAGGACUCACACGGGCAAGAAGCCCUACCGGUGCUCAGUUUGCGGGAAGAGUUACACGCAGAGGUCAAAACUGACGAAACACGAGAAGACUCAUUUGGCUGAGGUGGGCAUGGCUACUCAAGGAAGAGGAGACCGUACGAAAGCGCGAGCGAGCGAGGGGGGCGAUAAAAACGAAGGCCACUUCCUGUUCCUUCUCCCUUCCAUUCCCCCUCCACGCGACUUCCUCCUCUCUCGUUCCCCCCCCCGCCGGCGCCCUUCCCAUCGCUCCGGCGGAGGCUGGCCCGCCUGGCGGCAUUUGCGAUCGCCGCGGCUCUUCGGAUUAGCGGCUUCCGCGGCGCACCUUGCAGGGGCUGGUGGACAGAUGGAUGAUAAUGGAGAAACCGGGGAUGUGAAGAAGCCUGGAUUCCUGGAACCGUGUGUUUCAUUCCUGGAAACGGCCCCAGACCUUUCGGCUUUCCACAAAGUGGAAGGGAUCUGUGAGCUCCAGCACGGAUCGGUGGGCCUGCCAGGCAUGAUCCCCGGGCUGGAAGAAGGGAAUUCCAUCGAAGGGACGUCAUAUAUAUGCUCCGAUUGCGGGAAAAGCUUCUGUAGCAUCUCCAGCCUGAUCAGCCACCAGAAACGAAACCACUCGGGCGAGAAGCCGUACAAGUGCGCCGACUGCGGCAGGAGCUUCCACCAGAGCUCGGAUCUCGUGAAACACGAGAGGAUCCACACGGGGGAGAAGCCCUAUAAGUGCACAGUGUGCGAGAAGCGGUUCAAUCAACGAUCCUACCUGAUCGUUCACGAGCGCUUCCACACGGCGGAGAAGCCGUACAAGUGUUUCCUCUGCGGGAAAAGCUUCUGCUCCAACGCCCAUCUCAUGACCCACCAAAGGACCCACACGGGGGAGCGGCCCUACCAGUGUCCCGAGUGCGGGAAACGUUUCACCACCAGCUCAAACUUUGUCAACCACAAAAAGACCCACACGGAGGAAAAACCCUACAAUUGCUCCCUCUGCGAGAAAAGCUUCAAGCGCAGCUCGAACCUGAUCCAGCACGAGAGGACCCACACGGGAGAGAAGCCGUACACCUGCCUCACCUGCGGGGAGAGUUUUGCUUCUAAUUCGGGUCUCGUGAAACACCAGCGGAGCCAUACGGGGGAGAGACCGUACAAAUGCUCGUACUGCGGGAAGUGCUUCAGUCAGAGCAUGAUCCUCACCCAGCACGAGAGGACUCACACGGGCGAGAAGCCCUGCAAAUGCCCGGCCUGCGGGAAAAGCUUUCGCUCCAGCUCAGACCUGGUGAAGCACAAAAGGAUCCACACCGGGGAGAAACCCUACAAAUGCUCCCUGUGUGGGAAAAGCUUCACCACCAGUUCGGAUGUGGUGAAGCACGAGCGGACCCACACGGGCGAGAAACCCUAUAAAUGCGGCACUUGUGGGAAGAGUUUCAGCCAGAGCGCGCACCUCAUGCAGCACCAGAGAAUCCACACGGGGGAGAAACCCUAUUCCUGUCUGAUUUGCGGCAGGUGUUUUACCUGCAGCGCGCACUUAGUGGUCCAUAAACGGACCCACAAAGAGGGGGAGGUCUUAAAAGUGUAAUGAUUGGUGUUGUCUCAGGCUGGUGGGUGUGGGCGUGUUUACUAGCGGGCUUGCUGGAUGUGUGUGAGAGAGCAUCCAAGAUCGGAGGAAAAACUAAUUUUUUUCUGCUGCCACCAAGCCGAUUCUCUCUAAAUCAGUGGUUCUCAACCUUUUUAAUGCCGCGACCUCCAACCGGUCGUAAGUCGAGGACUACUCAACCGGUCGUAAGUCGAGGACUACUCAACCGGUCGUAAGUCGAGGA